AUGAGGAACCACAGUGUCAUCUCCGAGUUCACCCUCUUUGGGCUGUCUGCCGACCCCCAGAUCCAGGCUCUGCUCUUUGUGCUGUUCCUUGUUGUUUACCUCCUGACCCUCACGGGGAACCUGCUGCUGCUGCUGGUGAUCAGGAUUAACUCCCAUCUUCACAUCCCCAUGUACUUUUUCCUGGGACAGUUGUCCUUCCUGGAUCUCUGCCACUCCUCUGUCACUGUGCCCAAGCUGUUGGAGAAUCUCCUGUCUGAGAAGAAAACAAUCUCAGUAGAGGGCUGCCUGGCUCAGGUCUUCCUUCUGUUUGCCACCGGAGGCACUGAAUCCUGCCUACUCACCGUGAUGGCCUAUGACCGCUACGUUGCCAUCAGCUCUCCUCUGCUCUACGGCAAGGUGAUGAACAGACAGCUGUGUAUGGGGCUGGUGUGGGGCUCCUGGGGCUUGGCUUUUCUGGACGCUCUCAUCAAUAUCCUUGUAGCUCUCCAAUUAGACUUCUGUGAGGCUCAGAAUAUCCACCACUUCUGCUGUGAGCUGCCCUCUCUCUAUCCUUUGUCCUGCUCUGACGUGACUGCAAGUUUUAUUGUCCUGCUCUGCUCUAGCCUCCUGCAUUUCUUUGGAAAUUUUCUCUUGAUAUUUUUCUCCUAUGUUCGCAUUUUGUCCACCAUCCUGAGCAUCAGCUCCACCACAGGCAGAAGCAAGGCCUUCUCCACCUGCUCCUCCCACCUCACUGCAGUGAUCUUCUUUUAUGGCUCAGGAUUUCUCCGCUAUCUCAUGCCAAAUUCAGAAUCCACGCAGGAGUUAAUCUUCUCUGUGCAGUACAGUGUGGUCACCCCCAUGCUGAAUCCCCUAAUCUAUAGCCUGAAGAACAAGGAGGUGAAGGCAGCCGUGAGAAGCAUGUUGAAAAAAUGUUUCUAGUGUUUCAAGUAAUAGACUACAGCAUCAGAAUGAUGAGGCCCCUGGGUCGAAUUGCAAUAAGUAGUGCCUGGGUAUUAAGGAGAAUUCUCUGAUGUCAGGAUCUGCAAGAUACCUUACAGCUUUUCUUAAAAAUACUUAAGCAGAGGUGGAGUUAAUUUUCUUGGAAUGAUACCUAGUCAGAGGAAGGUGGGUGGAUAAACCUCUUGUCUAGCAAUUUUUCUUACAAAAAUGUUUAAUUUAUUACACACAGUAUGGUAGACGUCGUUAUUACCCUCUGUCAAUCUUUGCCAUCCUUCUAGCAGCUAAACUCCACUU